AUGGCAGGCCCAGCAGGUCACCCAGUGAUUUCUUACCAGCCCUUGAGGCUUCUGUUUCAGUUGGCAUACGCCGGAACAGUGGUUAUUCGUCUCCCACUGUGGUUUGUGGUGGCCUUUGUGCGACCCUUCAGGCCGCAUCCCAACUGGACGGCGAAGCAGGCUUUGAUGUCCCGGGUCGCCUACGCGUUGUUUGACUUUCAGUCGCGCACCGGCAUCACACAGAAGCUCACGCUGAAGGCGGGCAAGGACGGCGACCGCUUCCAGGUUAUUGAGCCCUCGCCUUCGAGCAACUACAUUGGGCCCUUGGAGUCCCCAGUGCGCCCGGAAGCUGUAGGCGGGAAAUGGUAUCCGGCCCGCCCUCCUACUUCGGAUCUCGCUUCAAAGACUGUCAUCUUCUUUGCCCACGGUGGAGCAUUCGUCAUCGGAGACGGCAGAGACGGUUUGGCUGACUUUGCCGGAAACAACAUGAUCGAGGGCGGCGCCGCCGACUUGGUCUUCUCCUUGCAGUACCGCUUGUCCGGCUGGGCUGGCCAGUCUCCAUUCCCGGCAGCGUUGCAAGAUGCCCUGACCGGUUACCUGUACCUUACCCGCGAGCUCGGAAUCCCGUCCAAGAACAUUGUUCUCUGUGGCGACAGUGCCGGCGGUAACCUCAUGACUGCCUUGUUGCGCUACAUUGAGGAAUUCGGAACCCAGCUGAAUAUUGGCCUACCGAAGUGUAUGGCUGUCGUAUCGCCAUGGGUUGCGCCGUUCGAGUAUGAGACGACGAAAUUGAACAACUAUAACCAAGAUUUCCUGCCAAAGUCUCUCCUCAGCUGGGGCGCGCACACAUAUGCAGGAGACUUGCCUCCUUCAAACAAAUACAUCACACCGUUGGGCAAUCCUUUUGCGACGUCUGUGCCCAUAUUCGCCACCGUCGGAACUGCAGAGAUCUUUCAAGAUGCCGUGCAACAAUGGGCAGGGGAAAUGAAGCAGAUUGAUGGGAACAAGGUUGUUAUCGACCAGGUCGACGAUGCCUUGCACGACAUUUUCUUGGUUGGUGAAAUUAUGGGAUUUGUGGACAGCGCGAAGGGAAUUGUGGCGGCGAUCAAGACUUUUAUUCACGAAGUAUAG